AUGACACAAGCAAGGCCCGGCCUCCUUGACUUCCAAAGUUUUCUACUCCCCUUCCCCGAAAUCUGGAAAUAUGGCAUGCUGGCAUUGUCCAUCCUCCUGCUCUUGGUGGCGUUAAUCAUUCUCAGCUGUCAACUGUGCAGGUGCUGGAUCCCCAACAAGUCUGAGAAUGAAAGAAAAUUUGCCAGGGACUCUCGGAAAGGCUUAGCCCUGCAGAAUGGCUUCCAGAGGGGAAGAAUAGAGGCAUCUUUUCUUGACUUUGUGCAACAGCCCCACUAUGAAGUCAAGAUGCAAAAACUCAGAAGGGAGAAACUCCAUGGCUGCGAUGGGAACAUCUUGGCGAGUGAGAGGGGCACUCCAGACCAAACACAGGGCAAACUAAGGUUCUCCCUCCUCUACAACAAAAAGCACCUAGAGCUGCUGUUGACAGUCACUGGCGCUCUGGGCCUCCCCAUCCAGCAGUGCAGAAGCACCUUUGUCCGGGUCAGACUGCUGAGCUGGGCCCCCCAGACCCCUCAUCUGCAGCAUGUGGUCCAUGAAUGGCGGACACAGGUGGUGAAGAACUCUAGCAACCCCACCUUUGAGGACCAGUUUGUGUGCUCCUUGCGAGAGGCUGAACUGACAAAGAGCAGCAUCAAGUUAGAGGUUAAACUCUUUGACAAAUAUUCCCGGCAUGUACCUCUGGGAGAAGUGAGGAUAGCUUUGAACGCACUAAACACUUAUGAACACCUGGAAUUCUGUGAGGCACUUAAGAAGACGACGAAGGACACAGUUGGAGAAGUGCUUGUGUCACUGAAGUGCCUUCCUAUUUCUCAGAGGAUAGAAGUUGGACUACUGAAAGUUAGAACCUCCUCCUUGUAUAAUAGUCCAGAUAAAUGUAUAUAUGCAAGGAUCAAUAUGUUUUGCAACCUUCAAAAGCAGAAGCAUCAGAAAACCAAACCCAGGAUCCUUGGACCAAUGACGGUGUUCAAUGAAACUUUUCUCUUCCACCUGCCAGAGCGUGUCAUUUGGGACUGUGCUGUCCUCAUCUCCAUUUAUGAGAUGCAUCCCAGCAGCAGGCUGCUUGUUGGACAGGCUGUGCUGGGGAAACAGGGACCCAUGAAAGACCACUGGGAUCGCAUGAUGCAGGCCAUCCAGCAGCCUGUAGCUGAGUGGCAUCCUUUGCUCAUUUAA